AUGGAGGAACAGGCAGUUUUGCAGAACCGCUUCGUCACAGCUCUGGUUGCUGCUCUGCUCGGGCUCUCCCGGCAGAGCUGCCUCCGCGCUGCCGCUCCGCCGGGCCCGCACGCGCAGGCGCGCGGCCUCGGCGCUGGGAAGGUCCCUCUGCCUUCGGACAGGAAAGCUGCUCUGCACCGGGAGGGCGAGGGAUGUUAUGGCACCCUUGCGGCGUCAGAGAGAGCUCGUAGUUUUGCUGAGGUUCAUAAAAAGAUUCAGAAGAAGACUUUGGAGCAGGAAGAGGAGAAGUACAUGAUUAGACAGUACAGCAAGGAAACUUUAAACUACUUAAUGUUGCAAAGAGUAAUGAAUAUAUUCGAUGGCACCUGUCUUGUUGGCAUCUCCUUCUUUCUGCGGAAUGAGUCAAGCCACAAGUAUCAUUGCAGAUAUUGUUGCAUAUUUGCCGUUUAUUUUAUGUUUGAGCGGCAGAUUGGGAUUUUUGGAAGCUUUACGAAGACCAAAGCUCUAGCUGAGCCCUCAAGGCCAGCAGGACCUCGCCAAGCAGCCACCUGCGCCACAGCCAGCGCCUCCGCGCUGCCGUUACGGGCCGCCGGGGGCCGCAGCUUCUCCUUCAAGGUGGUGCUGCUCGGCGAGGGCUGCGUGGGCAAAACCUCGCUCGUGCUGCGCUACUGCGAGAACAAGUUCAACGACAAGCACAUCACCACGCUGCAGGCAUCUUUUCUUACUAAGAAGCUAAAUAUUGGUGGGAAAAGAGUAAAUCUUGCAAUAUGGGAUACCGCAGGUCAAGAAAGAUUUCAUGCCUUGGGGCCGAUCUACUACAGAGAUUCUAAUGGAGCAAUUCUAGUAUAUGAUAUAACAGAUGAAGACUCUUUUCAGAAGGUAAAAAACUGGGUUAAGGAAUUAAGAAAAAUGUUGGGAAAUGAAAUCUGUUUAUGUAUAGUAGGUAACAAAAUAGACUUGGAAAAGGAGAGGCAUGUUUCAGUGCAAGAAGCAGAAACGUAUGCUGAAUCUGUUGGAGCGAAACAUUAUCAUACUUCAGCUAAACAGAAUAAAGGAAUUGAAGAACUGUUUCUGGACCUCUGUAAAAGAAUGAUAGAAACUGCUCAAGUGGAUGAAAGAGCAAGAGGGAAUGGUUCCAGCCAGUCGGGAACAGCGAGGCGAGGCGUACAGAUUAUUGAUGAUGAACCACAAGUACAGAGCAGUGGCGGGUGCUGUUCUUCUGGAUAACUAUAAAACUGUGCAUCGUUGCCCUCAAUAUGAAGACUGCCAUAUUCCAAGUCACGCAUCCUCUACCAAUGGAGUAAUAGAAUUAACAGUAUUUAAAAAUAAUCACUUAUAACACUGCAGAGACCUUAAGUGCUAAACUAGUGGCGUCUGUGACCAGAGAAUUGGCAUUUUCUACAGUGGUUAACAAAGCAAUUACCAAUGGCCUUUUUACAUAUUUUUUUCUUUAAUGAGGAAUAAUAUGCAUGUAGAAAAGACCUACUUAAAGGCUUCAUUUAUAUUCUUUUAAAUCAGAUCAUUAUUUAAUAACUUAUAUACAUUGUUGUUGGAAUGGUAUACGUUUUUGCAGCUCUUUGUAUUUUGUGGUAGAUGGAAUUGUAUCACUUCUAAAAUGCAAAUCCUUUUUUUUAAUUAGCAGAUAUCUGAAGUAAUAUUUUUGCAGGGCUUCCACAAGCCUAUAACUGUCAACUACUUUGAUAUACUCUGUCCAUCCUGUAUGCCAAGCUGGUAAAAUACAUUGUAAAUUACAUAUUAAAUAUUUUAUCUGCUUUUACAAGUUCAGGUGCAGAAAUAUGUACAUCAGUCUUGUCAGUAAUUGUGAAGUG